AUGAUGAAUAUAUACGACGUCCAUUGUCAUCCUACAGACUCGCCUGCUAGUUUAGAGUAUAUUCCAUCCAUGGUCACCACUAAACUUGUGGUUAUGUCGACCUGCUUAAAGGACAUGCCUUGCGUAGAAUCUCUCUACAAGCAGUAUCCUGAGAAGGUUGUCCCUGCCUUUGGCUUCCAUCCAUGGUACUCUUAUCAGAUCUACAACGACUUAGACUCCAAUGAAACUUGUAUAGGUAACUUUCAACCUCCUAACAAGUUCGAUCAUUAUAAAACUGUAAUUUCGCCUCAGCCUUCAGAUGAGUUUCUAAACCUCUUACCCUCACCCUUCCCUCUUUCAACUGUAAUAUCAGAAAUUGAAAGUAGACUGGCCCGAAUCCCCCAAGCUAUAGUGGGUGAAUGUGGACUAGACAAGAUUUUUAGAAUUCCGGAGCCAGAUAGUAUUCUACAUGACGAAAAGGAAUGCGAGGUAGCAUUAGAAAACCGGAAAUUAUCAAAGUAUCGGGUUAGCUUCGAUCAUCAAAAUAUGGUUUUGAAAGCACAACUCCACUUGGCAGUUAAAUAUAACAGACCGAUAUCUUUACAUGGUGUUCAAUGUCCUGGUGCUUUGUACCAAACUGUGAUGGAAGGGCCAAAGUUUCCUCCAUCAGUUUGUUUACACUCAUACACUGGCAGCGCAGAGUUUUUAAAAAAUAACUGGUAUAAAAGUAAAUCUAAAAAGAAAACCCCUGAAACUCAUCAGCAAGCACCCAAAAUAUAUGUGUCCUGUUCUAUUUUGAUUAAUGAAAAGUCUCACGACGAGCUAAUAAAAACAAUUCCUCGCGACCGGCUGCUGUUUGAGUCCGAUUUUCACAAGGCUGGUGAUUAUAUGGACAAAUUGAAUUUGGCUAUUUUAGAAAAAGCCAGUAAAAUUCUUGGAGUGAGCAUUGAAGAUUUAGCUGCGCAAGUUGAGCAAAAUGUUUGUAAAGGGUUUUUGUUUUUUUAA